UCCUUUUAAAAGUAUGAUCUUAACACUACUUCUAACCCUGACGCAACUAGCUCGAGCUAACAUUUUUAAUUUGGAAAACUUUGGACAAAAAUUAUUUCUGGAAUUAUCGAGCUCGCAGGAGCAUGAAAAUCAACUACUAGCACCUUUACCUAUAGCAGAAAUUUUAGUUUUAUUGCGUCAAAGUGCCGAAGCCAAUGCUGCUUACGAAAUAGGUGAAAACUUGGACUUAAUAUCGAUAGCUGCAGAUGAAAUUACAACAAAAUUUUUGCAACAAAUAGAAAAAUUCAAUGGCGAUGAAUUUAUCGUAAUGAAUAAUACAAUUUCAUUACAGACACAGAAAAAUAGUGUGGAUCGAACUAGUAUUAUUACAGACAGAUUUGCUUUGAAUAUCUGUCAUAGAAUUGCAAUGUACCGACAACAAAAUCAGGAAAUAAAAGAGUUUAAAUUAGAAUUUACUACAGAAAUUCAAUUUAAAGGAAUGUUUCGUUAUGCAUUCUUAGGUACAGAUAGAAAACCUUUUCAUACUAGCGAUUCCACCACUAUCGACAAGGAUAUGUUAACGCUGCAGGCAAACUUACGAUUUGCAGAAAUUCCCGAAUUGAAAGUUAAAGUCUUUGAAAUUCCCUAUAGUAAUGGUAAUAAUUCUUUAAUGAUUUUAUUACCCGACUCUCAACAAAAUACACGGGAUCUGGAAGUGUUAUUAAAGGAAUUUCCUCUCAGUAAUAUUGAGUCAUAUUUGAAACCCCGCUGGAUAAAAUUACAAUUUCCAAUGGAAGAAAUUGUUAUAGAAAAAUCCGUAAAAGAGGCUUUACAAAAUUUGGGCAUUAAAGGCAUAUUUAAACGUCUUUGUGAUAUUGAGUAUGAUAUACAUGUAUCGGAUAUCAUCUUUAAGGGUUCAUUUAUAAUUGGAGAUAAUAAUGCUGGAGUUAAUCCAAAAGAUGAUAUUGGCUCAUCCGAUGCAAGUACUAAUGAGGAAUUUAUAAUAGAUCAUCCUUUUAUAUUUAUGGUAAAAGCUGCGGCAAAUGAAACUUAUUUGAUUGGUAAAUUUUCUAAAUAAACUUGUGAUUAGAUAUAAAUGAAUGAAAAAUACGUAAAGUAAAUCAGAAUUCUAAAAUUACCCAAA